CCCAGAGGCUCCAUCCAGAAGCCGCAGUGUGAGAUCAACCCGUUCCUGCCGCAGCCGUCCAGCCUCAAAUGGGUCGCCUCCCUGACAGAGUCGGCCCUCAGCCCCGUCUACCUGCAGGCCGACUGGUUCUCAUCCUCCUUCCAGGGCCUGAACCAGCAGCUCGGCGUCUCCACCAUCUCCAGAGCUGCAACAGGAACUAAAGAACACGACGUCAUCCUGAGCAUCACCAGCAGAACCAUGUCAGCCAAGUCCAGACUCGGGGAACCGGUCACUCUGGACUGCAGCUUCUGGGUCGACCCGUCCACUCCUCUGUCUGCGUCGGGUUUUGCGGUGGAGUGGCGCUACCAGACCAGAGGGGACGGCCGGCUGGUUCUGGCUUACGACGGGAAGUUGGACCGCCUGGCUGAUACUCAUGAGACUGGAGCGUUUCUGGACUUUGAGGCUCUGCAUGAGAGAGGAAACGCCUCCCUGGUUCUGGAGGAGGCCAARGUCCGWCACUCUGGGACGUACAUCUGCACCAUUUACCUGCCCUACCUGCUGGCUCAGGUGGCGAUGGAGCUGGAGAUCGUAGAGCCUCCGUCUCUCUCCAUCCAUCCUUCCCCGCUGCCCCUCGCUGUUCCGGGUCAAACCCUGGACCUCCAGUGUGAAGCUUCGGGUUUCGCUCCCCUCCCUCUGGAGCUGAGCUGGGAGUUUAAAGGAGCCGACGGGAAGUCCAGAUCUCUGGGAUCAGGCAGGAUGUCGGGACACCGGCAGGCCUGGGACGGCACCUUCAGCCAGAGCAGCCGGCUGGAUCUGGACACGUCCAAACUGGACCUGGGCCGAGGAGGAGAGGUCACCUGUGUGGCGGUUCACGCAGGAGGAACUCGACAGGCCAGCGUGACCCUCAACGUUAUCGGRUUCAGCAGCCCCUCCAUCGAGGACUCCAUGGCGAUGGUCGGCGUGGCGCUGGUUCUCUACGGACUCAUCAAGUUUGUGUCAUGGAGUUUUACUGGAUCCGGGUCAAAUAAAGCUGAUGGAGAAGAUAAGAAAGCAAAGUAAAGAUCACUGAAGUCGACUAGAAAUUUGUUAAACUGGUGAAACUUUUCAUCCCUUUGAUGGGAUUUUAGCAGCAGCUCCACGUCUUCAUGCAGAUUCUCUUUCACUUUUUCACAACCUGCAGUCUGGUGUUUCAUCUGUGCAGAAUUUAAUGCUUGUAUAUUUCUAAUGUUUUGUGGUAAGAAUUUCCUGUGUGAGGGGAAAUGAGGAAAUUCCUCAUAUUUUAACAUUUGUACUGAAAUGUAUAUAUUUGGCAAAAUUGCUCCUUUAUUUUUUGAGUUUGUUACAAACACUGGAAAUUGGCCACAAAGGAAAAAAUAUAAUUUAGAUUGAUGUUUUCAGCUUUAUUUAGUGAAUUUAAGGCCACUCACUGAAGGUUAUCUUCAGUUUAUAACAUAAUGUUGAAUUUAUUGGUCCUUACUGACGCUCUGACCGGCUGAGWGCAGCAUCAUGAUGUGAUUGAAGAAAUAUGAAGAAUACUGUACAAACAGAGUUCAUCAUUUUAAUUCAGGGAAACUUUUGCUGUUUUUGAAUUCUGCAUUUUCUCUGAAAUAAAAGUUUUUUGAAACAA